AUGUCUGAUCCUGGCUCUGGGCCGCCACCGCCAGCCUGGGAGCCCAUCCAGGAGGCGGUCGCCUCACCUCCUGGGCCGCCGCCUGGCUGGCCCCCGCGGCCUCCUGGGCGUUACUGCGGGUGGUGCUCGGGUCGGCUCAGCCCCAACGAGUCGUUGGCGCUGGCCCUGAACGGCCAGCUGUGGGAGGUGUGCGAGCUGUGCUACCUCCUGGCGCUGGCGCGGCAGCACGCCUGGCGGGCCCGGCUGACGCCGGGCGAGCGUGCGGUGCUGCUGGAGCAGGCGCGCCACCUGACGGCACUCCUGGCGGCGCUGGCCAGCCUGGCGGACGAGGUCGUCCGAGAUGCCGCCCAAAGCUAUAGCAAGGCCAAGGCGGCAGCUCGGGGCCUCGGCGGGCAGUGGCGGCGGGCCGCGUGCGUAGCCACGCCCAAGGGGGCGGCGGGAGCCGCGGGAGGUGGCCCCGGCGCGGGGCCUCCUGCGCUACCCCCCCUCGGCGCGGCCGCCCCCCCUGGCGGCGGAGGCGCUUCGCUGCUGCCUGGUGCCCCCCCGCUGGGGAUCGCGGCUGGAGCGCUGCCAGGCCCGCCCGCCGCCGCGCCUGGAGGUGAUGCGCCUGGGGCGCCGCCCGGCGCCGUGGCUGGGGUCGGCGCGGCCCUCGUGGGGGCCCUGGCUGCGCUUCCCGCUCCAGGAGGGGGGCCGCCGCCCGGCGCGCCGCCGGCGCCUGGGCCCCUCGCGCUGCCAGGGGCGGCUGCUGUUGGCGCUGGUGGCGGCGGCGCGGCGGCCGCUGCGGGGCCGGCGCCCGUCGGCGGGGGCGCCGUGGCGCUGGAGCGGCUGGUGGGCGGCCCUUGGAUGGGCUUGCCGGCCCUGCAGCACGGCGCCUUCACAGCGGGGGCGGUGCUGGAGACGCCCACGCACGACCCGACGGGCCAGGUCGACGGCGCGGCGCUCUUCGAGGUCGUGGAGGCGGGCGUGCCGGGCCCCGACGGGGUCUACCUCUCCGUGAACUUCCGGGGCGCCUCGCUCCCGGCCCGCGCCCUGGAGCUGGACCUGAGCUUCCCCGCCCCAGGCGCCGGGCAACCAGGGGCCCUGCACCUUUGUGCGGGCGGCCGGCGCGCCGACUGGCGGCGCCUGUGGUCGGCUCGGGGCCUGGUCGAGCCGUGGGUUCGGCCGACCUUCCGACCGCCAGGCGGCGGCGGGCCCGGGGGCGGCGCCGCCGUUGCGCCAGCGGGGCCCGCCUCGCGGGGGCUGCGGCUGGGUUCGCGGCGGCUGCGGCUGCUCUGGAGGCGGCCGGCUCGGCAGCUCGCCCGCUGGCGGCCCGCCGUCGCCGCCGCGAGCAGUCGCGAAGCGACAGCGAGGAGCGGGCUGGCGGUGACCAGCUGGAUUUUCGCGGUGGCCGACGGGCGCCCAGGCACGCUAUGCGACGAAGCGAUUGCCCAGAUCGCGCGUGUCAUGGGCCUGCGGGAGGGGGCGGACGGGCAGAGGGUGCGCCCUCGCAUCAGGGGCUACCUCCAGGCCGUGGUGUUCGGCCACCACCCGAUCCACUCGGUCGGGGAGCGGGCGGUGCGCGAGCUCCAGACGCUGGCGGCAGCGAUGGACCUCCUCGAGGACGGGUCGCUGGCGUCGGUCGCGGACACGCUGAUGCAGCGGUUCAAGGCGCUGGAGAUGGCGCUGAACGACGGCAACUGGUACAUCGCCAACGAGCUGGAGGUGGUCGAGGGGAUCCGCCCGACGCUCGCCUCCCGCGACGAGCAGGGCGGAGCCGUGGGCGCGGGAGCGACCCCGCUCGCCGCGGCCGGGCCUUCGUCGCGACGAGGCGCGGCGCUGCCCGCCCUGGCGGAGCUGCGGCGGCCGCGGGCCAGGCUGCCGGCGGGCCGGAGGGUCCCGCAGCCGCUCGCGAGGCCUCGAGGACGGCCCGCGGGGACAGCCCCCGCCCUGGCGCUGCGGCGGCGCCGGGCCGCGUGGAGCUGCUGGGCGCUCCCGAAGUCCGCGCCUUCCGUCAGGGCCAGCCGGCGGCGCAGGUCGGCGGACAGGUGGCAGGAGAAGGCUGGGGCGGCUGCCGAGUCUUUCCGCCGCCCGCUGGAUGCGGGCCCGAUCCUCGAGGAGCUGAUGCGAGAGUUUCCAGGGUCGCUCGGGGUCUACGUGGACAGGUUUAUGCACAGCGGGCAUCGGCCAACUAGACGGGGGCGGCUGCAGCGUGACCUGCUACCGCUACCCUGUCCCGAUCUCGAAGCUUCGGACUUCACCGUGGAGGAGAAGAUUGACCCAGGCGACCUGGCCUCGCUACAGUCUCGUUUGAGGGUGAUCGUGAUGGCUAUGAACUGGGAGGCUGGCUACCGUCACCUGAAGUGGGCGGACGUCUGCGGGCCGGAGUCGAACGCGGCCCAGCGCUCGGCCCUCCUCGGGAUUGCGCGGCGCAUCUAUUCGAGCGUCGCGCCCGAGCCCGCCAUGGCCGGGACCCUCGACUGGUCCGAGAAGCUGAAGGGCCGGGCCAUCGCGUACGACGGCUCGGAGGUCUCUACGCCGAGCAAGAUCGCGCUCGAGCAGAUCGAGGGCGGCCUGCCGCCUGUGGGGGUAGCCGCCUCCAUCGAGGCUGCGGAUCUCGCCGCGGGCUUCGUGCGGGCGGCGCUGCUGGGCCCCUCCCUGGUCCUCCUGCCGCCGGCUCAGAGGCGCCCCGCGCCGACCUCGACGCGCGUCUGGGCGACGGCGCAGGAGUGGGAGCAGGUGGUGAGUGCACUGUUUGCUCGCGGGAUGGUUGGCCCGAUCGACGAGGGCGAGAUCGCGACCAGAGACGGGGCCCCCUUUAUCAGCGGGGCCUUCGGCGUGGCGAAGGUGCACGACGCGCCAGUCCGCUGCGGCGAUGGCGAGGAGCGGCCCGUCCAUCGGCUCAUCGUCAACCUGAUCCCCGCGAACGCGUGCCAUCGCGCCAUCGCGGGGGACACCCCCGUCACGCCGACGACGGGGCAGCUGAACGGGCUGGUGCAGGCUCCAGGGGGGCAGCUGCUCUGGAGCGGGGCGGGCCGCAAGGCGUUCUUCUGCGUCUUCAGGGCCCAGGCAGACGGCAUCGCGAUGUGGUUCAUCUACAUCGACAACCUCGAGAUCGCGGAGAUCGUGUCGAGUGUGGAGGCCGUCAAGCUGAAGGGGGCCAUCCCCGAGCUGCUGAGCCGGGCGUCGACCUGCUACGAGGAGGCCAAGUCUCCGGGAUCGCCGGGGAAGGAUGUCCACCGUGCCCAGCAGGUGUCCACGCUGGGGGGCCUCGUGGAUGGCGAGGCUGGCGUGCGGCGGCCGCCGCGGGGCUACGUCACGGAGCUCACGAGCCUGACGCUGUGGUUCCUGGCGAAGAGGCGCCCGAGCAGGCGCCUGGCGCAGAUCCUGCUGGGGCGCUGGGUUCGCGUGCAGUGCUGCCGGAGGCCGCUCGCCGCCGCCUUCGGGAACGCUUGGAAGUGGCUGGCGUCGGGCCGCUCGGGCGGGCUCGUCACUCUGGGCGUCGCCGAGGACCUGCUGAUCGCGGCCGCGCUCGCACCGCUCAGCGUGGCGGACAUGCGGCUGACCGUCGACCACCUCGUGACGGCGUCCGACGCCUCGGAGGCCGCGGGGGCGAUCGUCUACUCCCAGGGGCUGUCGGACAUGGGCCGUGCCCUUGGGGCUAGAGGCCCGCGGGCGCUCAACCCCGCCUGUGAGGAGGGCGUCGCGCUGAUCUCCGUCUUCUCAGGGAUCGACGGGGCGCGCCGGGCCUUCGAGAUCCUGGGCUUGGUCCCCGCGGCGCACCUGUCGUUCGAGGUUGACGCCGAGGCUGUGCGGGUGGCUCGACGGGCGCGCCCCAGCACCGUGCACCUGGGAGACGUCACGGCCGCAGAUCCUGCGAAUCAGGCACGCCUCCUGCGGGGCCACGGCCGCAUCACGAAGGUGAUCGUGAUCGGGGGCUUCCCGCGCCGGGGCUUCGCGGUGCUGAACGUGGCCCGCGAGGGGGGCGCGGGCCCGAGGUCGCAGCUGGUGGGCCACAUGUGGAGGCUCAUCGAGGGGCUGAGGCGCGAGCUGCCCGAGGCCACGGUGGACUUCCUCGGGGAGAACGUGGCGUCCAUGGCGGAGGACGAGGUCCUGGCCUCGAACAAGAUGUUCGGCCGGGUGCCGGUGUCCCUCGACGCCGCGGACCUGGGCUGGGCCCGCCGCCCGCGGCUGCACUGGCUGUCGUGGGACCUGCCCUUCGAGAUGUCGGCCGAGAUGAAGGCGGCGGCGGGUGGCGCCCGGCCGCGGGCCUGCCGAGUGCGCCUGGUGACGGAGCUGCCGCCCGUCUCGGAGUGGCUGCCGCGCGGGGCCACCUGGCCCGGGGCCGCCGAGGACGGCCGCCUGCCGACCUUCGCGCGCUGGACGCCGCGGAGCUCGCCUCGGCCGCGGCCCGCGGGGCCCCGCCAGUGCACGCCGAAGGAGGUGGCGCGCUGGGCGGCAGCGGGCUACGCAGCCCCGCCCUACCAGUUUCGGGAGUGCUUCUGCCUGCAUUGGGCGGGUGGGCGGAAGGAGCGGCCGCGGGCAGUGGAGCGGGAGGUGCUGAUGGGCUUCAGGCGGGGCCGCGCCGUGCCCUGCAUGAGCAGCUCCGCCGCCAAGAGCGACCCCGAGCGCUUCGAGGCCCUGCGGCGGUCGCUCGUGGGCAACUCGUUCCAGUGCGAGGUCGUGGCCUGGCUGCUGAGCCACUGGGCGGUGCACCGCUCGCUGCUGGUGGCGGUGCCAUCCCUGCGAUGCCUCCACGAGAGCUCGAGGAGCUGGUCGAUGGGCCGCAAGCUCUGGGCCGGCGACGUGGAGACGCUGCGGUGUGGGCGCGAGGCCGUGUGCGAGGAGAACCUGCACCUGCUGGAGGAGGCUGGCCGCGUGCCCGCAGCUGGCGAUGGGCAGGUGACGCGCGCCGUCUACGUCGGCCGCGGGUCGCGCCGCUGGGGGCUCGCCCCCUCCAAGUGGGGGAACCCGUACCCCGUGGUGCCAGGGCGGCCGGCCGGCGACGCCGUGGCGCUGUUCGCGGGCUGGUUGCGCUCCCAGCCCAAGCUCCUGGACCAGCUGGGAGAGCUGGAGGGGUCUCGGCUGCUGUGCCACUGCCCCUCGGGCCAGGCCUGCCACGCGGACGUCCUACUGGCGGAGCUGGAGCAGCGUGGCAAGGGGUGCUCGCGGCCCUUCCUGGAGCACCAGAGGGUGGUGGCCUCGCUGGUGAUGACGUGCCACCACUCGGGCGCUGACCUUCGAGUGGAUACCGAUGCAGAGGCGUAUGGCAAGAUGUUCCCACGGCAAGAGAUCGAUGCUGGCAUUUGGAAGUGGAAGGUCGCACGCCAGCUUGUUUGGCAAGACCAAGCCAAGCACAUCAAUGUGUUAGAGUGCGAGGCUGCGUUGAUGGCCCUGCGUUGGCGGGCCCGCUCAGUCUCACGGCAGAUGUGCGUCUUCCUCCACCUGCUCGACAGCAUGGCGAAUAUCGGUGCUCUUGCCAAGCGCCGGCCUUCGAGCCAGCAGCUCAACAAGGUAGUGCGCGCCUUUUCCAUCCUUGAGCUGGCGCUCGGAUCGCGGGCUGUCUUUGCCUUCACCUCAUCGGCAAAGAACCCUGCGGAUGCGCCAUCCCGCUUGCCCAAUGGGUAG